AUGACUAUUCGCGAGCUUUUCUUGUCAACACUGCUGCUUGCAGCAGGAAUUCAUGCGGCGGUGGACGACCGACUCUACCCGGUUGAGGCCCGAGAUACACCAGCUCAAGCAAAGCGUCAAACGCCAGGGAAUAAUAUGGUCAACGUACACGUCGUGCAGGUUGGAGAUAUGCAAGGCAGCCUUAAAUUCUACCCCGACACCCUUAGACCGGCAUUGGGCGACAUGAUUCAAUUCCAGUUUUACCCAAAGAACCACUCUGUCGUACAAGCGGCCUUCGACAAACCCUGCGAGCCCAUUGGCAGAUCCAACCCCCAAAUUGCCGGCAUCAAGUCGGGGUUCAUGCCGAUCCAAGCAUCAGCCAACCAGCGACCGGUUUUCACCGUUAUGGUUAACGAUACCAAGCCAAUGUGGUUCUACUGUGGACAGGGAAGACAUUGUCAGAAUGGCAUGGUUAUGGCUCUGAAUCCGGUUGCGGGAAGCAAUCGAACCGUCGAAUCGUUCCGCGCCCUCGCCGCACAAGUUGGCAGUGGUAACGGUGGGUCGGCCAGUCCGUCUGGAGGGCUCAGCCCAAGCAACACGAUCCCCAACAAUGGCAACCCAUCGAGGACAGGCGCUGCAGUACAGACAGGCAACUCCGCUUCGAGUCUGUCAGCACACACCGCCGGCAUGGGAGGCAUGCUUCUGUUUGUUGCGGCGAUGGUUGGAUUCUAA